AUGGGUAUAACUCCAUCACAUCGAGAGACGCGCAUCUGUCUGAUGAGGGACUUCGAAAAACAGACCAUGAGGUAUUGUAGUGCCCAUCGCUCCUGUCCGCGGAACAGCCACGACACCCCCACCACCCCCCCGCUCCCCCUGCACCAGACCUCUCUAUCAGGCCUGUCGAGGGGCCUGUACAGAGUUCCCGGUGGCGAUAAAGCAGUGAAGGAGCUUAAGGAGAGGUUCCUCGCUGGAAAAUCGGCUCUGAAUUUGGAGAAAGUGGAAGACGUGCAUGUGAUUUGUGGUCUGCUCAAAGACUUUCUGAGGAAACUCCCGGAGCCUCUCGUCACGUUUCGUUUGCACCCGCGUUUUAUAGAGGCAGCAGAGCUGGAGGAUGAGAGUGGAACUGUGAUUCUCUACAAGGCCAUUUCUGAGCUUCCGCCACAAAACCAGGACACUCUGGCUGUCAUCCUGCUGCACCUGCACAAAGUGAUGGUGAGUUCAGAGUGCCACAUGGACCAGAGUAACCUGUGUCGGGUUUUUGGCCCAACACUGAUAGGACACGCUUUAGCAGAACCUACCCCCUCGACAAUACUGAGGGACACAGCCUCUCAACUCAAGGUGAUGAGCCUAUUACUCUCAAUUCCUGUUGAUUACUGGAACAGAGUUCUUUCUCAAACUGGACAAACUCCAACAUCUGCUCCCUCACUGGUCAAGAUGACGAGUCAGGAUGAAGGACCCAGCCGUUUGUUUAAGCCGGUGACAUCUCCAGAACUCCGCGCUUACAAACCCCAACAGGGUUCUAUAACCAGACGAUUACGCAGGAUCAGACACGGUGGCAACAUACUCCAAGCUGAUCCAAGUAGACGCUUCUUCACAUCUCCAAGUUGA